AUGGAGAAAGGAGACAGGAACAAGAGGGUUCGAGCGGGAGGAGGAUCUGCAGCCCCCAGAGGGCGGGGUGGUGGAAAGGCUAAAAGCGUUUACGUCGCUUCCGUUCCUUCCACGUCCUCUACGUCUUCGUCCUCUACUCGAGAGAUUACCGCUAAGUCUUCAGCCACGGCGUUCGGCGUGGGUCGCCAGGUGGUCUUGGCCACCACCGACACCGGCGUGGAUGCCUACGAGCUGAGGCAGAGUCCUCCGGUCCUGCUCUCCGAUGAGCUCGUGCGCCAGUUCAUCGUCGAGGGCUAUCUCAUGCUCCAGCCCUCGGCCCUCCCCGCCAGCUUCCACAACAACCUCUACGCCCGGGUGGAUGCCCUCAACUCCAAAUGGAAGGACAAUGUGGGCAACAACAUCCUGCCCACGAUCCCCGAGCUGGAUCUCGUCUUCGAGGAUCCCACAGUGCGAGGCGCGCUACAGAGCGUGUUGGGUCAGGGCUACAUGAUGCACGCACACAGGCAUUGCCACGACCGGCGCCCCGGAUCGCGAGCCCAAGAUUGGCACAAGGACAGCUACUGGGGCUUCAACACGAUACGACACCACUACCCGCGGUUCGUCUUUUAUUCCGCCAAGCACGUAGAUGUCUUGCUGGGAUGA